GCCAGUACAAUUUUAGAUCUCGAGCGAACGAGUUCGGCCGGAACAGAGAGCCAACAAUCGAUGAAAGCCGUAUUUGUUGGGUAGAAACGCGGACUCAGAUUGCCAACUUUUGUCGCAGUGCACCAGAGGAUCAUGUACAUUUACCCCAGCUCCCCGGAAUCAGCAUCGUCCUUGCAGUCCGAAGAGAGUGCGGCCAUCAAGAUUCAGGCCGGAUUUCGUGGCUACCGUGUGCGCAAAGAGAUCCACAAGUCCAGCAAGAAUCCCCAUCCCCGGCGGAAUCAGCGACAGCGUCCCAAGAACAACGCCCUCAUGGAAAACCAGGCCAAUUCGGGAAAUCCCCGUCCCAGCGGCGAGGAUCAGCGCACGGCUGCCGAGAAUGGAGGCAAAUCCGUGGAGGAUCGCAGUGCCACCAAGAUACAGGCGGGAUUUCGUGGAUUCCUCGUGCGAAAGAAGCAGAAAAUCGCCACCGAUGCGGCCGUUAAAAUUCAGGCUGGCUUCCGGGGAUUCAAAACACGCAAAGAGUUGAAACAAUGCGAGCCCAUUGUGUAAUGAUUUUGCGCGUUAUGCGCGUUGGGCGUUCCACAACUCUGAUUUCUACUGUACAUACAAAUAUGUGUAUUCAAAUCCUACCGCUUAGUUCAAUACGUGUCGUGUAAAUAGAUUAAUAUUAACUGAUAGCUUCCAGAAGAAUAAAAUACUCUUACUCAAGAAACCGCAAUCUUGAAAGACAACACUAUCCAUUAACGA